AUGCCGCGCGCUUCGAAACGUACUCUAGAGGAGAUCGCGUUGAAAUCGGAUUCCAACGAUGGCGACUACAGUGAUUCCAAACCGCGUACUGCCCGGAAGGCUACAGCCUCAAAGUCCAAGUCGAAGAAACGACCUAUUAAACGGCGCAGGAGAAACUCCAUGGAGGAUGAUGAUGAGGACGAGGAUGACAUAUUCACCAGUGACGAUGACAUUUCGGUCGAUUCUGGAUUGGAUGAGGAUGAUCCCAACCUAGAAAGAACCGCGCGAGGAUCCAUUAAGAGAAGCGCAGCGAAGAAAGCCAACUAUCAGAUUUCGUCUUCUGGUGAGGACGAUGAAAUGUUUGGGGAAGAAGAGGAGGAGGAGGAGGAGGACGAUGAACAGCAGGUGAGAGGGGAAACGCGAAAUGCUGAUAAAGGCAGAGCUACCAAACGACUCGUGUUGAAGCUUCCUAUCACAACCCAGCCAACCUCUGCACGCUCAACCAGAAAUCGCCGGGGUCGUAGUGCUAGCAAGGACCAUACGAUACCCACUGAAUAUCAAUUUACCAGACGUACUACGCGCCGCAAUUACAAUGAGAGUGAGGAUAUUGUUGCACUUACUGGCUCUGGGCGACAUGUGGAGACGGUACGUAAAGCUACACGAAGUCCAGAAGUGGCCACUCGGACACGCAGGGGUGCUGCAACACCUGCCCAUGUUCCAUCCAAAAGCACCAUCGAUGAGGAAGGUGAUUCAAUGCAGCCAGGGCAACAUGAGGGUGAUGCGAUGAUUGCAGAACCGGGAGCAUCGCAGAUUGAAAUUUUGGAGAGCGACCAGCAUGGGGAGUUCGAGGGCGAUCAUCUAACUGGAGAACAUGUUGAGGAGAUGGAUGCGGAGAUGGAUGGUGAUGCAGGAGGCUUCGUACCUGAGUCAGACCAAGGCGAGGGAAAUGAAGAAGAAAAAGAAAAGCAUGAUGAUGACGAUGAAGAAAGCCCUCGCUCGGGAAAAUGCACACGGUCAAAUCGAAAGCGUAAUACCUCGGUUGAGACGGUGGAGGUAGUAGGUCGAUUUACUCGCCGUUCCGCACGUAAAACUGCCAGUGCGACAAAAAGUUCGCGACAACCGCAAGAGGAUGGGAGCGAUUUUGAGCCCAAUGAUGAUGAAGCUAAUGACGAGGAUUUAUCUGAGUCGGAAGUUUCUCAACCCUCGCCACGCAAGGGUAGCCAAAAUGCGGACGAGGCUUAUGAAAGCAGCAAUGACCGUCGAUCCAGGUUACGGAAACGCCAGUCUCAAUCCCAAACUCGAGUGGAGUCAGAGGCUGGCGAACUUGCAGAAGAACUGGCAGAGUUAAGACCUGAACGACGUCGCCGGAGAGCACAGAACGAUAUUGUCUUUGAAGAUAAGCCCCGACGGAAUCGAAAAUUGGUUGAUUAUAGAAUUGUUAGGCCAGAGAUCGUGCUGCCUAUUGAUGAAGAGGACAUGGCUUCUGGGUCCCCCUCUCGUCGUGGUCGCGCGGGAGGCAGCGGUUAUCAAAGGACUCUCUUCUCAACCUAUGGCCCCUUCGGAGGCGCCGGUGGUCCUGCACCCCUUCUAGGUGGUCCAACGGGAGCGGGUGCUGCGGGUGGAGUGGACAGUGAUAGUAGCGAUGAUGAUUCUGGUCAAAGGCCAAUGGUUGGUGGCAUGGCAGGCAUGACACCCACCUCUGGGCAUGCACCUGGGUUCAAUAUUCCCCCCCUUGGUCAAGCGUUUGGAACAGAUACGGCUCCGGGUUUGUCAGGCACUCCAGCAAAUUUUGGAAAGGUGAAAGACAAACAAGCCCUGGCCGACUCUGAUCCCCUAGGUAUUGAUCCGAACGUCAACUUUGAUAGUGUUGGAGGAUUACAAGGCCAUAUCGACCAACUGAAGGAGAUGGUUGCGCUUCCCUUACUCUAUCCGGAGAUUUUCCACCGAUUUCAUAUUGUUCCCCCUCGUGGAGUUUUGUUCCAUGGACCUCCUGGUACGGGAAAGACGCUUUUGGCUAGGGCUCUUGCGUCCAGUGUGAGCACAGAGGGCAGGAAAGUGACAUUUUAUAUGCGAAAGGGAGCAGAUGCACUUAGUAAAUGGGUGGGUGAGGCAGAGAGACAGCUCCGCUUGCUUUUUGAUGAAGCUCGCAAGACACAACCUAGCAUCAUCUUUUUCGAUGAAAUUGAUGGUUUGGCACCCGUCAGAUCAAGUAAACAGGAACAAAUCCAUUCGUCUAUUGUUUCCACACUUCUAGCAUUGAUGGAUGGAAUGGAUGGCCGAGGCCAGGUUAUUGUCAUCGGCGCAACGAAUCGACCAGAUUCUAUUGACCCUGCCCUACGACGUCCCGGGCGAUUCGAUCGUGAAUUUUACUUCCCAUUACCCAAUACUGAGGCCCGACGAGCAAUUCUGGAUAUCCAUACUCGAGGCUGGGAUCCUCCUCUUCCUGACGAAAUUAAGAAUGAACUAGCGGAACUGACAAAGGGGUAUGGUGGUGCGGAUCUGCGCGCGCUCUGUACAGAAGCAGCACUGAAUGCUGUGCAGCGCAGAUACCCACAGAUUUAUAGAUCAAAUGAGAAGCUCCUAAUUGACCCGAAGAAGAUAGAGAUUCUGCCAAAGGAUUUUAUGAUAUCUAUUAAGAAGAUGGUGCCCUCAUCGGAGCGAUCUGCCUCAACUGGUGCUUCGCCUUUACCUCCAAUCGUUGCGCCUCUCCUAGAAAACCCAUUGCGUGAGAUAAAGCGAAUCCUUGCAGAGAUUCUUCCACAGAAGAAGAAGCUUACUGCUUUGGAAGAGGCGCAGUUCGAAGAACCUGCCGGUCCAGCUGGGUUUCAGAGGGAGCGGAUGCAGCUGGAAUUUGAAACUUCGCGCAUUUUUAGACCCAGACUGCUCAUCUGGGGCCACCCGGGGAUGGGACAACAGUAUAUUGCGGCAGCUCUGCUGAAUCAUUUUGAGGGUCUCCAUGUGCAGGCGUUUGAUCUACCCACGUUGAUAAGUGACUCCACCAGAUCUCCUGAAGCCAGUUUGGUCCAAUUGUUUACGGAGGUGAAACGAUACAAACCCAGUGUCAUAUAUAUACCCAACGUGCAGUCGUGGUAUGACACAGUUGGUCCAACUGUUAUUUCGACAUUUCUUGGUUUACUACGUUCGCUCCCGCCUACGGACCCUGUGUUACUCCUUGGUGUACAUGAAAAUGAAGGCGAUAAUACCGAUUCGGCCAUGAUGCGCAAUCUAUUUGGUUUUUCGAAGAAGAAUCGGUUCGACCUGCAUCCUCCUGAGAGCAGGUGGCGGCAUCAGUUCUUCGGCACGUUGAUGAAGUACAUUAAGAGUGCACCACCAGACUUUCCUGAUCCAGAGAAUAGGAAGAAGAGGAAGCUAGAACAGUUAGAAAAAGCCCCUCCUGCACCCCCGCGCCGGCCUCCUCCUCUGACAAGGGAGGAGUUGAAGGCGCAGAAGAAACAGGAUAGGCAUACUCUGAAUAUUUUGAAGAUUAAGAUUCAGCCGAUUAUGGAUCAGAUUAAGAAGUAUAAGAAAUUCAGGACUGGGAUUAUUGAUGAGAAUCGGAUUGGGUAUUUGUAUGAGGAGGAGGACCCGAAUGUCGUAACCAGUGAUAUACCUCUGGAACAGCGAACUACCUUCCGUCCGUUUGAGAAGGGUGUUGACAAACAUGGUGUACCCGGUUUACGUGAAACUGUUACUGGAAAGUUUUAUUAUAAUAUGGAAAUUGUCACGAUUGAGAAGCGGUUGUCGAAUGGGUAUUAUAAGCGCCCGAAGGAUUUUUUGGCGGACAUCAAGCGGAUCGCAAAAGAUGCACGACAGUCCGGUGACCAGGAUAGGCAGCUAAAGGCAAACGAGCUGCUAUCAAACGUUGAGGUAGAUAUUUGGAUCUUGGAACAAUCAGAUCCCGCAUUGGUGACUGAGUGCGAACAAGUUUACCUUCGUGAGCUUGAGAGGGAGAGAGUUGCGCUUGAGAAGUUAAAGCGAGCUGCAGGUGGGGAUGGUAUCAUGGCCCCUCCGCCAUUAAUGAACGUUCCGCACGGAAAUAUGACGGAGAAAUCGAAUCUUUCGUCUGGACCGGUUAUUCUGGGCGAACCCUUUAGUGGACCUCAUCCUGCAAUUCAAGCAGAACCCACCACACUCAUACGAGUGACCAACCAGAACACCAUUACAAAUGGACAUGGGCCUAAUACUAAUGGCGGCGCUGAGGUUAUUGAAACUGCUACCCGCCCUGUGAUCAGCUAUGGCUCCGUCUGCGUCGAUGGCGAUAUCCACAUGUCGAAUUCCGAUGAGGUCCAGCAUAGCGAACACAACAAUACGGAGAAUAGCUCCUUUGGGCAAUCUGCCCAACCACGCCCGCCGCAUUCUUACACAGCACCCUCCCAACAGCUCCGGCAGCAAUCUGGUCUCUCCAACUUAUCACAGAAGGGACCAAUGACUCCCAUGGCCCCCGGCUCACAACCAGGAGAUUAUGCUAACGAUGCCUCCACUACACAAACAACGUCAGACAAAAAGAACUCCGGCCCUUCAGAUGUGCCGAACCUGCAGACCCAGAGUUCACAGGGUGGUUUGGCAAGGCAGGAGUAUCCCGAUCUGAAUCCGUAUCCGGACCGUUUAUCGGGAGACGAGCCUAUACCUGAUACGCAGCAGGCCGAAAGUGGAGCGUGGGGUACACCGCUCUCCGGCAUCGUGGAUUUUGUAAACUCCCAACCCAGCUUCAUAAAUGGCAGUCAGUCGCAGGGCAAUAACAGCAAACUCUCGCAACCAUUUUCGCAGCCGCGAGUACCACCAUUCGAUGCUAGUGGAGUUAAGACAACAACGACACCCCGCCAGUCGCGCGUCAGGGAGCUUCUUAAUGACGACGGGACGACACAGCAUCAACCUGCUGGCAAACUGAUUGUGGAUAACCACCGGUUCGAAUCGCUGCAUCAGACAUUCACGCAGAGGACCAACGGGCUUUCUGUGGAGCAGUUGGAGCAGAUUAAUACGAGUCUUAUGGAUUGUGUGUGGAGGAUGCGUGGGGAGUGGAAUCGGUUGGAGGUUGCGGAGGCGGUGGAGCAGACUUUUGAGGAAGUGUUGAUGGACAUACAGUCUAUGCAGGAUUUUGGUGUGAUUCCUUGA